GGAGCCUGAGGCAGAGGGGUGGGGAGAGGCGCCAUCGCGGGCGGGGUCGCGCGGGAACCCCUGACCCGGAAGAACAUGCUGCGCCGCUGCCGGCCGGAAGCGCUUCUCGAGAGACGGAAGCGGCGGCCCCCGCCGGUAAGGUGGAGACCCGGUCUGCCAGGUCCGCGCGGAUGUCCUCCAUUCAGGGGCGCCCGUACGGUCCUGGACCGGUGUGGCGAAGGUGAUGGCGUGUCAGGAAAAAGGACAACCGACUCAGGCUGCUUCCAGUGAGAGAGAGUUACUGGGCCCAAAUCGGUCAUUCCCGUUUGACACACCGAUGGGUUCUUGCAGCGGGCCACUUUUCAGACGUUGAUUCGUGACUGAGAGGUGUUUUACACCUUCUUUUUUGUUUGUAAAGGCUACAAGCGCUGGAAGAAAAAAAAAUGUCUCAAAAGCAGAUGAAGGAAGCUUUUGUCAGUAAUCUCAAUGGAACUAGUGUACUGGAAUUAACAUUGGGCUUGAGCUUUCCUGCAUUCUGUAUCCUGUGCAGAGGUCUCCUGAUUAUUUUUUUACAUCAUUUGUGUUCUUUCUCACAUACCUGGAGAACUCAAUUCCUCAUUGACUUGGUUGUCCUAGUAUUUCCCAUGAUGUUCACUCUUACAAUUAUGGCUUCAUUUAUCAGCUUUAAUUAUCUCAUUGCACUCAUCUGUGGAACAGGGCUGUUCUAUCAAAUAUACCAGAGGAGGACAUGCUGUGCCAGAGUCCCUUUCCAGAAAAUCUUUGAAAAGUUCUUGAAAAUUAGCCUUGAAUCAGAAUAUACUCCAGCCAUCUCCUGUUACCGUGUAGUUAACAGUGUAUUUACUGCUAUUGCUAUUUUGGCUGUGGACUUUCCAAUUUUCCCCAGAAGAUUUGCUAAAACUGAGCUCUAUGGGACAGGGGCAAUGGAUUUUGGAGUAGGUGGCUUUGUGUUUGGGUCUGCAAUGAUUUGUCCAGAGGUCAGAAGAAAAUAUGUGGAAGGGUCCAGGCUUAAUUAUCUUAGAAAAUCAUUGUACUCUGUUUGGCCAUUAGUCUUCCUAGGAAUAGGACGAUUAGUCAUUAUAAAAUCCAUAGGCUAUCAGGAACAUUUAACCGAGUAUGGCGUUCACUGGAACUUUUUCUUUACUAUAAUAGUUGUGAAAUUGAUAACAUCACUGCUUCUCAUUAUUUUCCCGAUAAAUAUAUCCUGGAUUGUGGCUGUCAGCAUUACUGUGUUAUACCAGGUAUUCCUUGAGUUUACUCCACUUAAGAAGUUAAUUUUGUAUGGCACUGAUGGCAGAGGCACAAGAGUUGGUUUGUUCAAUGCCAACCGAGAAGGAAUAAUGUCUACUCUGGGGUAUGUAGCAAUACAUAUGGCUGGUGUGCAGACAGGGUUAUAUGUGCUUAAGAACAGAACAUGUAUCAAAGAAUGGAUAAAAGUAACAUGUUGUCUUCUGUUGUCAGGAAUUAGCCUCUUCAUAUCUCUUUAUAUAGUUCAAGUAAAUGUAGAAGCAGUAUCUCGAAGAAUGGCCAAUUUAGCCUUUUGUAUAUGGAUACUUGCUUCUAGCCUUAUCCUUCUAGUUUGUUUAUUAUUGAGUGAUAUCAUUUUGAGUUUUGCCAAAUUUCUAGUUAAAGGGGCUGUAGUAUCAUGUUCUUGGAAGAUUAUCCAAUCACCUACAAGUAAGAAGCAAUCCAAAUCUCCAGUUUCUGAAACUGAGAAAAAUGAAGUCAGUCUUUGUUUAAUCACAGCUGUGAACAGAAACCAGUUAAUUUUUUUCUUGCUAUCAAAUGUGACAACUGGCCUCAUCAACCUUAUGGUGGAUACAUUACACAGCAGUACCUUGUGGGCCUUGUUUGUGCUCAGUUUCUAUAUGUUUAUGAACUGUUUAGUUGUGUAUGUACUCAACUUGAAAGGUAAAAUUAUAAAAUUUUGGUGACCAGUAGGAAUAGGAUGUAUGUAGAUUGGAACAUUAUUUUAAUGAGGAAGAAUAGGUAAAUGUAAAAAUGUUUUUAGCAAUCUAGUUCUAAUCAUAUUUUAUUAUAAAAUCCUCUGUGACAACAACGAUGUAUCUUAAUGUAUCUCAACAUUAUAUAACAAAAACCAACAGAGAGAGGAAAGGACAUUGUGACUUGUUACAACUAUUAAAUGCCAGAAAUUUAAAAAUCUUGUUCACAGUUUUAACACUUCAAGAUUGUAGGGUAGGGAGGAGGAUUUUUACUUUUUUAUUGUAUUUUAUAGUGUUUACAUUAAAUCACACUUACAUUGGGA